CAGCGAUAUACCGAUAUACCGAUAUACCGAGUGUUGCUUUUGCGCCCUUCACCCCCACGCAACCAUGCCGCCAAAACCAAAAUCCGCCAAGGGCACGAACGCCAAACCUUCUGCCUCAAGAGAUCUCAUAUCUCUCGGUUCAAGGCAUCUUACGGGGAAGCGUGGAAAGCGCGACGACGAUGCUCUUUCUAAGGAGAGACCUACCACUACUCGUGCCCUGGUUCUACGGAACGGAAAAAAUGGCGCCAGAGGGACUGGAGAAGUUAUGCUCGUGUCGAGAUUGACAGGAAGGGAGAAGCUAGAUUUGCUUGCUGAAGACCUCGUACAAAGAUCCAAGCAAGCAGUGAUGGCCCCAUUCCGACUGGAGACAUGCCUCAAGAUUGCGGAAUCCCAGUUUAGCAGUUACUUAGAUGAUAUCACCAGUCUCAAGGAUCCCGACCUGUUCCACUCGAUCAUUGAAGCAGAGCUGAAAGCUCGCACCCUUACCAGCAAGAAUCCAGAGGAAAUGACCCGGGACCCCGCCUUCAUUGCCUCCACUAUUGCUAUCAGAAUACACAAUGCUUAUUUGCUUACUUCUGCUUGGAAAAUUGUCGCGGACAAUUUGUUUGACUUGCAACUUACUGGUGUCUCGGAUGACACGGUCGUCUACAAACUGCAAGAUGAAGAAUUCCGGUCGCAAUAUCUGGUCUUGUAUGACAUGGUCAACGUUAUUAUGACCCUUUGCCAGCACAAAUUCGCGGUGCUCGCAGCUACUUCUCCUCACUACGCCCGUUAUUUCAAAGAGAAGGAGGGCACUUCUGAGCUCGAGUUUGAUCGAGCUGGAUUGAAAGAUGCUUGCCGAUCAUUCCUGGACUCUAUCAUAAUCGAGUUGUGCUUCCCACGGGCACCUUAUCCCAAGGCAAUCUUGUACCAAAUUUUACACGAUGCCGUCGAAGAGGCCCCUAAAGAGGCCAAACGAUUCCCUCAGUCCAUGUGGGACUCUGUUGGGGACCUUUCCGAAAUAGUGCGGCUUCAGGAUAUGCUCGAAGCGCCUUUACUUGGCCCGAAUGAGAAAACCUGGAAGAGCACAAAUCGCACCAUGCCCAAGGCAUACCAGCAAUGGGCAAACGCUGAAAUCAUGUCUGACAAGGCUUCGGAUAAGUGGAAUACCUUGGAGCCUCUUGUCCAUCCCCUUUCUAAACUACAGAACACCACUGCACUAAGGAACAUGUGGAUGCAAAUCCAACAGAAUUAUAUGUUGGUGUGCAACAAAGACCCUGACGGUAUUUGGGGAUUAACGGAUGCCCUCUUGAAGUCUACCCCAUCGUGGCACUCGUUCCUUCUGCCCAACAUCCUCGAGGAAUCUGACGAGGAGUCAGACAGGAUGCUUAAACUGACUGACAAGAAGAAAAAAGUCUUAGCCAUCACGGAUGGUGCAAACAGUGACGAUUCCAUGCCUCCCCUUCAGGAUGUUUCCGAGUCCGAUGAGUCUGAUACAGAUUGGAGUGAGACGGACGAAGAUGAUGACGACGACGAAGAGGAUGAUGAGAGCGACUAUGACACUGACGAGGAGGAUGAAAUCCGGGAAAUGAUGCGGGAGGCAAUGGACACCGCUGUUGAGGCAGAUUUCUUCGCUGAUGGGCCCGAGUCUGAAAAUCUGUUCAACCAAGAGGAUCGUAAGGGUAAUCCGUUUUUGAGACUUCUUGGUUCUCUUCGUGGUCGUAUGUUCAACAACAGCCCAAAGCUUUCUUCCCGCGCCAAACCGACGACCAAAGCGGCAAGCAAAAGCAAAGGAACUACACGCAUUCCCACUCCCACUGCGAAGGCACCGAACCAGAAAACCACGAUGGAGGAAGUGGAGGACGAAGACGAUGUCAGACAAGGCGCAGGCAGUAAAAAGAAAAAGAAGAAGCCCAAGAAGAAGAAGCCAGCCGCGACCGAAUCUGCUUCUCCAAAGCUACCAACUGCGCCUGCUCCCGCUCCUGUUCCUAGUGCACCCCCCCCUCCGGCAGCCAAACAGAAACCUCAUCCCCCUCCCACCAAACUGAGGCCCAACCCCGUGGCGAGCUCGGUAUAUAUGUCGACUACUUCAAUACCACCCGUAGAGCCGACUAUGGCCCAAUCUGGUCACUCCUAUGCUCAAAAUAUGGGCGUUAAAACCAAAGUCAAGUCCAGGUCUGACCAGCCUUCCUUGUUUGCUAAAGGCGUCCUAGGGCGUCUGGGAGUUGGCAGAGAGAAGUCGAAACAGGAGCCUGAAUCAAAAUCGACGAGGCGUAAUUGGUUUGCUUCGAUGCAUCGAAAGACAAAGGAUUAUUUACACCAGAUUUUGAACACAUCCGAGGACGUGACCAAAGGUAGCGCCGGCAUGAAGUGGGAUACAUUCGUCAAGGUCAUGAAAGAUAUGGGCUUUACUUAUGUCCCGAGUACAGCGGGAUCCAGCGUACGGUUUGACCCUCCAGAUGCUCGUGACAGGUCUAUCAGCUUCCAUAAACCGCAUCCUGAUUCCUUUAUUCAUCCAAAGAUGCUGAAGGUAUUUAGCAAGAAACUGAGGAAAUAUUAUGGCUGGAUCUCGGAAGACCUGGACUAAUCUUGUUUCUUGUCAAUGACUCGCUUGCUCGUGUAAACUAGUAAACUAUGUACUCACUGACACGUUCAUCUCACCUAAGGGAACGCUGUAUAUUACAGUCUUUUAUUUUUCAUCCCAAGUAGCUCUUAACCUUCCACAUUGUCGAUAGCGUUGUCAACUGGGUAUGCCGAUAUCAGCACCUAACCACACGAAUAUGCAAGAAACC